GCGGGGGGCGGGCCGGGGCGGAGCGCGGGGUCCCCCGCUGUGCUCGCCGCGGCUGCUGCGCCCCCCGGACGCGCUCGCCGACCCGGGGGCCGGCGGACCGGGACCCGCGGAGGACGCCGGCCGCGCCGGGCCCGAGGCGGGGUGCCGGGAGAGGGACGCAGUGGGCCGGGGCGCGGGCGCCCAGGGGUCCCGGCGCGGGGGCGUCGGGCGCGGGCGGGGCCGGACGUCCCGAGGACCCCCCCCACCCCCAGACCCGACCGGACCGAGCACAGCCGCCAUGGGCUCGGUGGGCAGCCAGCGCCCCCGGGAGGCCAGCGUGGCGAGCACGCCGCACGGGAGCGUGGUGAUGAGCUUCAGCUUUGACGGCGGCCACCUGGAGGAGGCGGUGGCCGGGGCCACGCAGGCCCAGGGCGGUAGGACCAGGGGCAUCCCGAUUUUCACGGACUCUGAGGAGCCGGUGCCUGAUGACCGCUACCACGCCAUCUACUUCGCGAUGCUGCUGGCCGGCGUGGGCUUCCUACUACCCUACAACAGCUUCAUCACCGACGUGGACUACCUGCACCACAAGUACCCAGGAACCUCGAUUGUGUUUGACAUGAGCCUCACCUACAUCCUGGUGGCGCUGGUGGCCGUGCUUCUGAACAACGCGCUGGUGGAGAGACUGAGCCUGCACACGAGGAUCACCGCGGGUUACCUCUUAGCCCUGGGCCCCCUCCUCUUUAUCAGCAUCUGCGACGUUUGGCUGCAGCUCUUCUCCAGGGACCAGGCUUACGCCAUCAACCUGGCCGCUGUGGGCACCGUGGCCUUCGGCUGCACAGUGCAGCAAUCCAGCUUCUACGGGUACACAGGGAUGCUGCCCAAGAGGUACACGCAGGGGGUGAUGACAGGAGAGAGCACGGCGGGAGUGAUGGUCUCUCUAAGCCGCAUCCUCACCAAGCUGCUGCUGCCCGACGAGAGGGCCGGCACGCUCAUCUUCUUCCUGGUCUCCGCGGGCCUGGAGCUGCUCUGCUUCCUGCUGCACCUGCUGGUGCGGGGCAGCCGCUUCGUGCUCUACCACACAGCGCGGCCCCGCCACUGCCGCCCGAGCCGCAGGGCCGGCUACCGGGUGCACCACGACGUGGCCGCCGAGGACGUGCACUUUGAGCACCAGGGCCCAGCGCUGGCCAACGGCGGGUCCCCGAAGGACAGCCCCGCCCACGAGGUGACGGGCGGGGGCGCCUACACACGCUUCGACGUGCCUCGGCCAAGGAUCAGGCGCAGCUGGCCCUCCUUCCGAGCCCUGCUCCUGCACCGCUACGUGGUGGCCCGCGUCAUCUGGGCGGACAUGCUCUCCAUCGCCGUGACCUACUUCAUCACGCUGUGCCUUGUUUCCGGGUCUCGACCAGGAGGUCUGAGAAACUCCCAGCCAGGCUUAGUUAGCGGGUCCAGCUGCCGCCGCUUCCUACAAGUUGACACAGUGCUGAGCACACUGCACGGCCUGUGUGUCGCCAUAAUGAGGGGUUUGGUCGGUUUUCAGGGACAAAAACUGGUAAGGACAGGGACACGGCCUGAGCCGGGGGCGUCCAGGGACAGGAGUGGGUCUGGAGAGACGAGGGCAGGGGCCGGGGCCCACACGUCCGUCUGCCCGCAGAUCCUGGCGGCGCUGCCCAUGGACUGGCGGGGCACCCACCUGCUGGCCUGCUCCUGCCUCCGCGUGGUCUUCAUCCCCCUCUUCAUCCUGUGCGUCUACCCCAGCGGCACACCUGCCCUCCGCCACCCAGCCUGGCCCUGCGUCCUCUCCCUCCUCAUGGGCAUCAGCAAUGGCUACUUCGGCAGCGUGCCCAUGAUCCUGGCGGCGGGCAAAGUGGGCCCCAAGCAGCGGGAGCUGGCAGGGAACACCAUGACCGUGUCCUACAUGACGGGGCUGACGCUGGGCUCGGCCGUGGCCUACUGCACCUACAGCCUCACGCGGAACGCCCACCGGAGCUGCCUGCGCCCCUCAGCCACCAACGCCUCCUUCCCCGCCGGCCUCUGAGCCCCGCCCAGGGAGGGCCGCCGGGCCCCCUCCCCACUCCUGCCUGCAGUGCCUGGGGGCGCGCGGAUAGUCCGCGCAGUUUCCCGCCUGCCCCCGCCCCCCGCCCAUGUCCAGCGGCCCACUCUGUGGGUCACUCACAGCCAUCACCCCCCUGCCUCAGGAGAGCAGACCACUAGCCCGCGUCCCCUGCUGGGUCCGCUCUGAGGGCCCCACGGCCCUGGCCCCACCGUCGGCGGCACCUCCUCCACUGGGGACCCCACUCCCACAGGCCUGCCCCCACACCCUGUCCUCAAACCCUGGGUCCCCAGCAAAUGCCUUUGCUACGAGGGAGCUGCAGCCUGGGUGCACCCACGCUGCGCUAGCACCCCCACGCACCCUGGUACCCACCUGACGCCACAGGCCUGGGGGUCUGUCUGCCCAGGGAGCCUGGUCGACCUCCCCGUUUUCUCCAGCCGCCUGUGAUACCGGAGGGCACAGUUUGAGGGCCACGAGCAGGGCCCACAGCCUGGCUGGAGUCACACCCCCGACCUAGGCCUUGAGCCCUGUCCAGGGAGGGACAGACGUGCCCAGGGGUCCCUGGCAAGUAGAAGAGGGUGGGGGGCGGUCCCUCCAGAGCUCCAGGCUGGCUCAGCACCCUGAGCUGGGGGGAUUCCUGGAGCAUCCUGCCAGCCGCGGGCUUCUCCAGGGGCAGGACAGGCGCCCUCCCACCCCCUCUGGUCCCGUCCACGCGUCUGUCCACUGACUGUACCGCACUGGCCAUUAAAGAUGAAGGCAGAGCCUCUGCCCCA